CUACACACAGAAGGGAGAGAGUGAGGCGAGCUGCCACACAACACAGACUCACUCAGCCUUUCUCAAGGGAUUACUUCUAAUUUCAUUAUUCCUGAGGGGAUUAAUACAUACCGGCAGGAUGAUAUGAGCCCCACCCCACCGUGACCAUGUACGAGGUGAUGUCCGGUGACACCCUGUCCUGGAAGGUGCCCAGUCCAAGACCGAGUGGUACCGACUCCAGUCCAGAGGCGCAGUUCACCGGGGAGGGAGGACCGGUUAAGAUCCUGAAAGUGUGCUUCUGCACCAACAAUACCCUGGGCAAGAACUUCAAGCUGGUCAAGUGUGACAGCUCCUGGCAAAUCAGGGCGAUAAUCCAGUCAAUACUGAUCAGUGGGCGACUCGGCCCGAAUAUUCAACACGCAGGAUGCUACGGCCUCAUGCUCAAACACCUCAAGUCAGAGGAACUUCACUGGCUUCAUCCCGAUCUGACCGUCGGAGAGGUGGAGCAGCGCUACGAGAGCCAUCACGUGGAAGCCGAGUGGAGGUACGACCUUCGUAUCAGAUACAUUCCCGUCAACUUCCUGGAAAGGUUCAAAGACGACCGAUCAACACUUGUGUACUUCUACCAACAGGUACGGAGCGACUACAUGCAGUACCAUGCCAGUAAAGUCAGCGAUGGGAUGGCGCUACAGCUUGGUUGCUUGGAGAUCAGGAGGUUCUACAAAGACAUGAAUGCAAAGGGGCUAGAGAAGAAGUCAAACUUUGAGCUGCUGGAAAAAGAAGUGGGGUUGGACCUUUUCUUUCCUCAGGAGCUGAUUAACAGCAUGAAGUCAAAGCAACUACGCAAGCUGAUCCAGCAGACGUUCCAGCAGUUUGCGACGCUGAAGGAGGACGACUGUAUGCUGAAGUUCUUCGAAACGCUCAAGGAGUUUGUCAGCUUCGACGAGGAGGUCAUCCCGUGCGAACUGGUGCAAGGCUGGAGUCUUGCUGUCGAGUUGGUCAUCGGUGGAAGAGGAAUCCGCCAACGCACGCAGAAGAAUUCAGCGCCUGUCUUUCUGGCCGACUUCAAGCAGAUAAAGAAAAUACAAUGUUUAUCUCAGAGCGACGGCAAGGCACUUAUAAAUCUUGAAGUAGAGGGCAGACAACGUCUGUCCAUCAAUGUGGCCACCGUCCCCAUGGCCGAGAACAUGAUGGACCUCAUCGAUGGAUAUUGGCGCAUGGAAAACAAUUCGGAUGAUUCUAUCAUCUACAGACAAAAUCACGAUUCCAGCACAAGAAGUUCCCUUCCAGAGAUUCCGACAGGCAGAGACACUAGCACAGUCCGACACAGUAUGGGGUCAGAUAUCUAUUGUGAGAUUCUCGACGAAAGGCCUAGAUCAGCUGUCAAAUAUGGAAUCGACCGCAGCGAUAUCACACUCGGACGAAUUCUCGGAGAGGGUUUUUUUGGCGAGGUGUACGAUGGAGUUUACACAGCAACGAAUGGAAACAAGACCAAUGUAGCAGUCAAGACAUGCAAGGACUGCUCACCUGACGUCAUGGAGAAGUUCAUGAGUGAAGCAGUCAUCAUGAAGAACCUCGACCAUCCUCACAUCGUCAAACUCAUCGGAAUCAUCGAGGACAAUCCUGUGUGGAUCGUCAUGGAGCUUUAUCAGUACGGAGAGCUCGGGAACUACCUGACUGAAAACCAGAACACGUUGACAAACAUGACUCUGGUGCUGUUCAGCCUGCAGAUCUGCAAGGCUCUCGUCUACCUCGAAGGUGUCAACAUGGUGCACAGAGACAUUGCAGUUCGUAACGUGUUGGUCGCCAGUCCCGAAUGUGUAAAGCUUGGAGACUUUGGACUGUCACGAUACAUUGAGGAUGAAGAGUACUACAAAGCAUCUGUGACACGAUUGCCAAUCAAGUGGAUGGCGCCGGAAUCCAUUAACUUUAGACGUUUCACCUCGGUCAGCGACGUUUGGAUGUUUGCUGUGUGCAUGUGGGAGAUCAUGAGUCGAGGCCAGCAGCCGUUCUUCUGGCUGGAGAACCGAGAUGUCAUCAACCAGUUGGAGCAAGGCAUCAGGCUGCCCAAGCCUGAAAACUGCCCCCCAGCGCUCUACUCCCUCAUGACCCGCUGCUGGGCCUACGACCCCAGAGAGAGGCCCAACUUUACCGAGCUGGUGGUCAAAAUCAGUGAUGUCCACAAGAUGGAGAAGGAACAGGAAGUGGAGCGGGAGAGGGACAGAGCACGCUCCACCAGAUUCUUUGACUCCAAAUUCAACUUUAACGAGCCUCCUCCCAAGCCUUCAAGGAUGAAAUCAGGGCGUUUUGGGAACACGCUCAGCAUCGGCCUACACAUUCAGCUGAACGAGGCUUUGUGUGCCAGUUCUCCCGACCUGGCCAGCCCAUGUGACUAUCAGUCCCCCGUGGACUCCAUGAACUCCACGCUGCCGCUGCCUCUCAGGUCCCCACGCCGUCGCAGCAUGGGGGAGAACGAGUUCCACAGGUUGGAGCCCAACAGCCGCGAAGACGCCCAACGACUGUGGCAGAGGGAGCGUCAGCAAAUGCACGCCACCCUCCGCCGCCAGAAACAACAAAUGGCGGAGGAUGAAAAGUGGCUGGAGAAAGAGGAGAGACUCCUGGUGGGGAACAGAGCUACGCUAAGUUUUGUCAACCCGCUGUCCCUGUGCCCCCCCAAUCCAGACGCUGGCGUGGCCCAGGGCGGUGUCGUCCCCUUCGCCCGCUCCAGGCGUCCCACUAGUCUUAAAGUCAAUGUCCCCCUGCUUACUGUUCCAAAGAGGGGAUCCAUGUCGCUUUUCUAUAAAAUGAACCUGCCUGUUCUUUUGCAGGACCCCAUUGGACCAGAAGACCACUCUCCUCCAGUGUCCAAGGAAGAGGAUGCUGAAAAUGGUCCACCACAAAAGCCCCCGAGACUCACAGCACAGCCGGCCCCCACAGCCGAACUGGACCGCUCUGACGACAAAGUGUACCAUUACGUCAUGGCCUUGGUCAAAGUGGUGGUCCAGCUCAAGAACGACAUAGUCAACUUGCAGCCCGAACAGUACAUCACCGUCGUGAAGUCUGUGGGGAUGGCCUUAAGGGAUCUGAUUGGCAGUGUGGAUGAUAUACUGCCCUCUCUGCACGAGUCUGUGCGCACCGAGAUCGAGGGCACUCAGAAGCUGCUGAACAACGACAUGGGCGACCUGAUCAGAAAGAUGCAUCUGGCUCAGCAGAACGCCAUCACGUCUCUGAAGGACGAGUGCAAGAAGCAGAUGCUGGCAGCGGCUCACAACCUGGCUAUGGACAGCAAGAACAUGCUGGACGCCGUGGACCAGGCCAGGGUCAGGGCCGACCUGGCUAAACCUGCGGUCCUCUGACACGGACAUUCAUGUGAAACCAUCUCACCUCUUGUUCCUGUUCGCUCAACCAUAGAUGUACAUGCUGUAGAUCCAUGCUGGCUAUCUUUCACAGAGGCAUCACUUCUAUUGUGGCUGUGGAUGAUAUUGAUAAUGUUUCUGAUUAAGGAUGUACAGGAAUAGGAACAAGUUGUGCAUUCUAAAGGGGUUUUUAAUUGUUGUCAUUUAUAGCGCUGGUUCUCAAGACAGGAAGUCAAAAAUGUCAUUAAAUAUGUAAUAUACAA